AUGUGGCUCCUUAGAUGCAGGUUCCGGGCCCUGCCCUCCCUCUGCUUCUGCAUUCUGGUCCUGGCCUGUGUUGUGGCCUGUCAACGAGAAGAGCCUGUGGGAACCCUGACUGCUCCACCAGAGCUGAAGAAGAGUUACUGGAGCCUGGUGCAGGACAGGGCGAGGGAGCUGACAGAGCUGCUGGUGACCAAGACCAGAGGGAGGCGGCGGCUCUGGAGGAAGCUGAGAGUGGAGAGCAAGGACUCCUGGGUCCAGAGGGAGGAGGAGGGGCCCUGGAGCUUCCUGCAGACCUACUAUGAUGACCACCUGAGGGACCUGAGUCUGCGCACCAAGGCCUGCCUCCUCAGCUCCAAUCUUCUGAACAAAGCCCACAGCCUGUGCCCCAAGCUUCUCUGUGGGGACAAGGACCAGGAUUAA